AUGGAAGACGACAAGCGUCUUCAGAGUUUUGAUACGUCAGGCCCAGCUUCCCAGGUGUCCAUCCGUUGGCGGAAGUGGGUGAAGUCUUUUGAGUAUUAUUUAGUGGGCAAGGACAUUUCGAACAAGAAGCGCUCAAGAGCAUUGCUGUUGCACUUUGCGGGACCACAGGUUCAAGAUAUUAUUGAUGACCUACUUGACCCUGACGAUGCUCUGCCAGAGGAGCAGAGGACCCCGAAUGAUAACGAGUACCUGAAAUGUAAGCGAAUUUUGGACGCGCAUUUCGCAGCCCCAGCAAACCCUACCUACGAAAGGCAUGUGUUUCGCCAGCUGGUUCCGCAAGCAGAAGAGAGUACGGCGCAUUUCUGCAGCCGUUUGCGGCAGCAGGCUAGAUUAUGUUCCUUUGAGAACACUCGCCAGACCAAUGAGGCAGUCCGAGACCAAAUCGUAGCAACGGUGAGGAAUGUUGACUUGAAGAAAAAAUUAUUGUCUGAGCCGUCGUUGUCAGUCGAUCGAGCAUUGGAGCUCUGUCGCGUCUGGGAGGAUGCACAGUCACAGUCUCAGAUGAUGACUAGUCGUGCUGUUUCUGCUGGAGCUGGAGCAUCGGAGUCCGCGAGUGAUCAUGCUGUCAGUGCAGUUACGUCCAGGAGAGGCCAGCACCAGGGCAAGGCCAGGGGCCAAGGCAGACACCACCCAGCUGCUGGUACACGUGUCAGUUGUUACAGCUGCGGUCGCAAGGGACACAAAUCCGGAGAUGCUUCAUGUCCAGCUAAGGGACAGGCAUGCAGGAAGUGUGGCAAGACAGGUCAUUUCGCUAAGUGCUGCAAGUCAGGAUCAGCGUCGCAGACUGCCGCCCAUCAUGUGCGCGAAGUCACGGACUACGAGGUGUCUGAUAGUUUUCGUGUUGGCCAAGUGUCAGCUGGGAAGCCAACAUCGAACAUGCUAAUCACCACAGUGCAGAUCAACGGUACUCCAUUGGAUUUGGAGGUGGACACCGGAUCCAUGUACACUUUGGUGCCGCAAGACGUAUGGGAGCAACAUUGGACACAUGUUGCCUUGCGUGAAUGUUCUGUGCGACUGAAGACCUACAAUGGUUCAGUCCUGCCGAUUGUUGGCGAAGCAGAUGUUGAUGUACGCUACAGCGCGCAGAAUGUUCGUGCGCGGGUCAUCGUAGUACGUGAAGGCAGCCAUCCGCUGCUGGGACGCGACUGGCUAUCACAGUUGAGACUUGACUGGCAGAGUAUGUUCAACCGGGUGAACGCCACUGCAGCGAGUGAGCCAGCAGCAGAGGAUGCGUACCCUGAAGUAUUUCGUGAUGGUCUGGGCAAAGUGAGUGAUCGUGAAGCUGAGAUCUACCUGAACGACGGUGCCACUCCCAAGUGCUGCAACCCCAGACCCGUGCCAUUUGCUUUGCGUCCUGCUGUCAAUAAGGAACUUGACAGGCUGGAGCAAGAAGGCAUUAUCAAGCCCGUCAAGUCAGCAGAGUGGGCCUCACCUAUUGUGAUUGUCAGGAAGCAGAAUCGGGACAUUCGCAUGUGCGCGGACUUCAAGGUCACGAUCAACCCGCACAUCAAUUCCAAGCUUCACCCGAUUCCAAAUCCGAACGACCUGUUGUCGCAGAUAGCUGGAGGAUCAGUGUUUACGAAGCUGGAUCUUAGCCAAGCUUAUGCGCAACUACCGCUGUCGGAACGCAGUCAGAAGUAUUGCGUCAUCACAACACAUCGAGGUCUCUACGCAUUCCAGCGCCUUCCGUUUGGCGUGUCCAGUGCCCCAGCAAUUUGGCAGAAGACAAUGGAUGAGAUUCUGCACGACAUUCCUGGUGUCGUCUGCUUCUAUGAUGAUAUUCUCAUCACUGGGUGCGAUGUCGAAGAGCACGACCGGCGACUCAAGUUGGUGCUAGCGCGGCUAGCAGAGCGUGGUGUGCGUCUUCGCAAGCAGAAGUGUGCUAUCCGUGUGGAUCGUGUACGCUACUUGGGCUACAGCAUCAGCCGGAACGGUCUCGAGCCCAAUCAGGACAAGGUCGAGGCUAUCCUGAAGGCGUCAGCACCGAAGAAUGUUCAAGCGUUGCAGUCAUUCCUAGGCUGUGUCAACUUCUACAACCGCUUUCUACCCGACAUGUCCAGUGUUCUGAAGCCGCUCAACAACUUGCUCCGCAAAGGUGUUCCGUGGAACUGGACAGAUGAGUGUGAGAAGGUGUUCGAUCAGGUAAAGCGUAUGCUCACCAGUGCCCCAGUGCUAGCUCAUUUUGAUGUGAAUGAGAAAGUGGUCGUUGAGUGCGAUGCUUCGCCUUACGGCAUUGGCGCGUGUCUCAUGCAUGAGUAUGCUGAUGGCAGCCGUAGGCCUGUAUGCUAUGUUUCCCGUUCGCUUGCUAAGGCAGAGGCUCACUAUUCGCAGAUAGAGCGUGAAGCUUUAGCCAUUGUGUUUGCAGUUAAGCGUUUACACAUUUAUUUGUUUGGUCGCUCUUUUGUUCUAUGCUCUGAUCAUAAGCCAUUGCUGCACAUUUUUGGUGAGAAGUAUGGUUUAUCUGCCACUGCUGUUUCCCGUUUACAGCGUUGGGCUGUCAUUCUUAGCGAGUAUGAUUAUGUGUUUGAGCACAUUUCUGGUAGUAGCAAUGCUGUCGCAGAUUGCUUGUCACGCCUGCCUAUGGAGCUGACAGCCGCACAAGAGAGUGCAAUUGUCAGUGCUGUCAACGAGCAUGCCCAUGAUCCUACUGAGGAUUUGCCAAUUGAUGCUAGUGAUGUUGCAGAUGCUAGCAAGCAGGACAGUGAGAUUGCUCCAGUACUGCAGUACCUACAGUUCGGAUGGCCAGCUGAGAUCAGCGAGGCUACGCGACCAUACUACAAGAUUCGUCAUGAGCUGACCAUAGAGUCGGGCUGUGUAGUUCGUGGUGGCCGUACCGUUAUCCCAGUAGUGUUUCGCCGUUUGCUGCUAAAUGAGAUGCAUUCUGUCCAUAUUGGCAUUGUCAGAAUGAAGGCAGUAGCACGCAGCUUUGUUUGGUGGCCUGGCCUUGAUCGCGAUAUUGAGCUUCUAGUGUCAUCAUGCAGUCACUGCCAAGCUCUAGCUAAAGCACCUAGCAAGGAUGCCAGCCACCCAUGGGUGUACCCUACAGAAGCUUUUGAGCGUGUUCAUGUGGAUUUUGCAGAAUUCAACAACCAGCAGUAUCUCGUCAUCGUGGAUGCAUACUCUAAGUGGAUCGACGCAUACAAGCUUGGAUCCACUGCCACUACUCAGCAGACGAUUGACAGUUUGGUAACAUUUAUCGCAACGUUUGGUAUACCCAAGACCCUCGUGAGUGACAAUGGUCCUCAAUUUACAUCACACCAGUUCCAGCGUUUCUGCCGUGAGAGUGGUAUUGUUCACAAGUGUACACCGCCGUACCACCCAGCUAGUAACGGACAAGUCGAACGCAUUGUCCAGGAGUUGAAGCGUGCUCUGAAGUCCCGUCCUUCGGAUGUGUCUGAGAAGACCCAGAUGCACCGUUUCUUGUUUAUGUAUCGUAACACGCCCCAUUCAUCAACGAAUGUGUCCCCAGCUAGUCUGCUCUUCAGGAAAUUACCGAGCACCAAGUUGGCACGCUUAAAGCCCAACUUUGCAGCUGCACAGCGUGAACGUCAAGCACGGCCACAGCCAGGUCAAGGUCGUCAUUUCGUGGUGGAGGACACUGUACUUGUAUUGAACACUCGCAACGGCAGCGGGCCUAAGUGGCUACCUGGCGUUAUUGUACAGAAGCUAGGUCCGGUCUCGUACAUUGUUCGCAUUGGUCAGCAGGAAAGACAUGUCCAUGUAGAUCAUCUCCGUCAUCGUUCUACAGCGCCACCUGAUGCUGUUCUUCCUCGCAGUGAUGUUGACACACCGGUUUUGAUUCAACCCGAUAGUGCAUUGCAGCCGUCAGUACCAGACGCUGCCAACGAGUCCGAACCGUCUGCACUUCCCAGUCCGUCUGCAGACCCUGUUGCACCGCGCCGAUCAGCCCGUGCACCGAAGUCACCAUCUAGGCUUAUUAAUGAGAUGUGA